UUAUGGGAGCAGCGGCACCAGCCGUUGCCAACACAGGGCCAUCCGCCUUAGAUCUGUCGCAGCGCUACCAGCCCUGUGACCCAUAUCUCCACCAGGGGUGCUUUGCUUCCUCUCCUUCCAGCAUCAACUUAGCACGAAGAGAUGGAGCGCCUUUGGUGAUGCUCUUCAUCGGUGAACAUGCACCCUUUGCCAACACAGUCUGGCAAUGCAUCCAAUCCGCUGCGGUUGCCUUGAGCAUCUCCAUCCGUCCCAUCUUUGCUGGUGCCUUCUAUGGCUGCAAAGGACUGCCCAGCGGCUGCAAAGGCGACGCCACCAAGGAUUGGUUUCGUUCCUGGAUGACCAGGUGGUCAUUGGACGGAGAUCAAGCACUUCAGGUUGAAGAUAUGAAUACAGAGGCUAUGUCGCUGAUCAAGGCCAUUCAAGCAAAUCCUGAUCCAGAUGUGUCGCGGCCAGACUUUCUGCUCUGCGGAGACACGGCGCUGUUCUGCUACUUGGCCAGGCGCAGCUCUGCCUUUCGAGAGACACCAGCGUUACAUAUGUAUGGAAUGGUCUUGCUACAGUAUGUCCCCCUUUCUUGGCGUUCCAAGAUGUUGCAGGACUUCGGGCAGAGUUGGAAAGAGCAAGGCAUUCAUGAGCCAGCAGGUGUCCAGAUCGAGGUCUUGGGCCUUCAACUUCAGUGGCAGAUGGGCAUUGCCAUUCCAUUCGUGCCGUCCUCUGGCACUUCGGAUACAGCCGGGGUGCUCUAUGAACCGUCAGGCGACAUUCGACGGCUCCUGGUGCUCAAGAGUGGCUUCUUCGCAUUGGCUCCAGGUCGAGUCUUUGAUGUAGUCUUGCGGCGCUUGGGGCGUGAUACUGCGAUUCAAUGGCACCAUUGGGGAUCCGAGAACAAGAUCGAUCCCAAAGCCACCAGUUUUUUGAACUUUGCAACGAUGGCAUCUUAUUCGUGUGCUCUCUAUGUAGCGCCGGAGUUUUCCCAGUUGCUCCUUCGAGACGUCUACGGCAUUGGCUUACCAAUCCUGGCCCCGGAAAUCACGUGGCAUCAACGUUUGCUGCAACAUAUGUUUGCAUCCUGGGGGCAGCUGCAUAAUGAGCACGACGUCGGCAGAAUGUCAAGGCCUUCUGGGCGUCAGGAGGAAGUCUUCAUGGCAGCGCAACACUGGCAAUUUCCGCCCUUUUACAAUCCUUCGGAGCAUCCACCGGAGCAUCUCAAGUUUUGGCUGCCUUUGGCAGAGGUGCAUCGAUUUCCUCAUAUCGUUUACUUCACUUCUCUGACGGAGAUGAUCCAGUUGGUCCAAAGCCUCGACCUCAACGCUGUGAGCCUGCGAAUGCAGGCGCAGUCGCGGAUCAUCGCAGCCAACGUGCGGAGGUUCUAUCGCAAUGCGCUGCAAGAGCUGGGCCGCCUGGGCCUUCUGAGCGAAAAGCGGUGAGGAUUGCAGAUGGGAAAACUAUGGAAGACGACGCAUGAAGACUCCUGGAGGCAUGGAUAUCAUGGAUUUUGGCCCAGAGUUUGACAAAGACCUUCGCAUUGCUUUUCGCAUUGUUUGAUGGUCCUGGUUUUAUCGCAUUACUUGCAUCAUCUUGCAUCCACUUCUUCGAACGCCUGCGCCCUUCAUGGAGAACAAGCAGAACGAUUUGCAGUUGGAAUACAUGACAAGCCAGACUUGCUGACCUUUGGAACGCAUGAUGAUGCAGGGAAAAGAUCCCUGCAUUCGCAUUGGACGGAAGAUCCUCUGCGCCAAAUCCCCAGCAAUAUUGGCGCUUGGGGAAUUAAAGGCUCUGCGGCAAGCCUUGGAAACGCAUAGUCGACGAGAUGCGCAUGGCCCUCCACGCCUGCUUGUGGUCGCCUGACUCUUCACUUUGUUGCAAGUUUGAAGUUUUCAGGUGGCUUUCGGCCGGAUUCACUGUCCUUCAGUAGCGCUGGCAUCAGAGUAGGUGUGUCAUUUUCAUAUCUGCAUUGGUCACCGAUUGGCCCAAGAUUUUUGCAGUUUUUCAUUAGUUUUUGCCGCUUCUCACAACAUUGUUGGUUUUCCA